AUGGAUUCGUUGUCGACGGCGAACAGUGUCAUGGAUCUGAGAUCCGAGAGCUCCAAGUACCUGACCCGCAUCGACAGGGCCCCCACGCUGUACCCGCCCACGCGCAGCCUGGCCAUCGCGUCCUUCAGCAUCAGGCGCGUGGUGAUGAACGCCGCCACCGGCGGCGGCCGAUCCGGUAAAGACAGCGUCGCCAUCGUCUCGACGGCGCAAGACAGCGGAGGCGGCAGAGGCCGCCAUGUCCCGGAAGCCCAGGGUGGAGAGAUUGGGCGCGAAAGUCGCGGCGGAAAAGGCGGAUGUUGCCAUCGGAGAAUAAGGUGGAGAUUCUUUGGAUUUGGUUUUUUGUGA